AUGACCAAGAAGAAGCGCCACCACCCCGAUGUGGAAGAGGUCCUGGCGCGGCCGUGGUGUUACUACUGUGAACGUGACUUUGAUGAUCUUAAGAUCUUGAUCAAUCAUCAGAAAGCAAAGCAUUUCAAAUGUGAAAGAUGUGGUCGACGUCUGAAUACCGCAGGAGGUCUGAGCGUACACAUGAGUCAAGUACACAAGGAAAACCUCACUGCCGUAGACAACGCGCUUCCCAAUCGUGCUGGUCUGGAUAUUGAAAUAUUUGGCAUGGAAGGCAUCCCUGAAGAUAUUGUUCAACAACAUAUUCAGCGAGUUCUGACCGCCUUUCAUCAAGCCCAAGCUGAGCGACAGGCAGCCAGUGGCAAUAAUGCCCAAAGCAGCUCAAAUCCUAAUGCGCCAAAGAAACCCAAAGUCGAGUCCGUCUCUGACUUGAAGAAGCGGCUCGCCGAACACAAAGCCGCCAAGCUGGCAGGUGAAAAGGAGAAUGGAGGAAACAGUAGAGAUACCACCCCAAACCCUUCUGCUCCUGGUCAAGCCCCUGUGGCGGCGAACACGGCAGCCUCACCAGCUUAUCCUGGUUAUCAACAAUCAUACGCGGCACCGCCUACAAAUGGUUCGUACAGCCAAUCUCCUUCCUUCACCCAAGUUCCAGCUCCUGUUGCUGCUCCGUACCAAGCAGCACCACCUUUCCCUCCAGGGGGAUCCCCGCCACAAGUUGGAGGUUAUGGACAGAGUUCGCCACCUCAGCCUGGACAGCCAGGCUAUGGUCAAGCUUCUGCCGUAUCAUAUCCACAACAGCCAUAUGCCCAACCGCCACAAGCAUCAUUCCAGCAGCAGCAGCAGCAGCAGCAGCAGCAGCAGCAACAACAACAACAACAACAACAACAACAACAGCCGCCACCAAUGGCCUAUGCUGCUCAGCCAAGUUUUUCACCUCAUCAGUCUACAUAUCCUGGGCAGUCCUUUCCUGGACCGACCAGUGGGCCUCGUCCAUUUGGUGCAGGAUCUCCUGCUCCUGGUUUUCCGCAACAACCUCCACAACAUAAUUUACCCCAACGUUCACAUUCUCCCGCUACCAACGGAAGUUUUCCCGCACCAGUUCGUACUGGCAGUGUAAGUCUACCUAGUGCUCCAGGAUUGCCACAGAGACCAACAUUUGGUGCUCCUCCUGUCAAUGCUUUCCAAUUUCAGCAGAUGCAUCAAGGUCAGAUCCCUGCUUCACAAACCCAUAACGCUGUGUCCCAGUAUCACCCAUCCGAAGCUCCGCCAUCGACAAUCGCACCACCUCCAGUACCGACCCAGUUGCCACCCCAAUCUUCUCCCGACGAUGCUCAAAAUGCUUCAUCACUUGACGAUUUGAUAGCGAAUGCUUCGAAACAAGCCGAUGCCAACGCCGCCGCCGCAGCUGCACCUGUUGCCCCUAAAGAAGAUAUAGCGGAUGACAAGGGAGCAAAGAAAGAUAAGGACAAACCCAAAUCAACCAGGUUGGUGUACUCUGAUAACGAGACAAGUCCUGAAGAGAAGAUGGCAAUGAUGCCCAAGUACGCGUUUACUCCUGCACAGAAGACUAUUGUGGUUUAG